UCCCCAACCAACAACAACAAGAACCCCCCCCAAAAACCAAAAUGCCACCCCCGAAUACCCCCGCAUCCGACCCCCCUCCGGGCUCAGUAAACAUCAACUCGCUCUCCGUGCCGCAACUCCGCGCCCUGCAAACCCGUCUUUCGUCCGAACUCGAACACCUGACGACCUCCCACGCCAAACUGCGCGCCGCGCAGCUCAAAUUCAAAGAUUGCGUGCGGUCCAUCAAUGAGGGUGUGAUUGGGUCCGCUAAGAAGGGCACAGAUGGGAAAGAGGAUAUUCUGGUUCCGUUAACGAGCUCCCUGUAUGUUCGGGGAAAGUUGGCGGAUCGGGAGAAGGUGCUUGUUGAUGUGGGAACGGGGUUCUAUGUUGAGAAGACUGCGCCCAAGGCUAUCGAGUUCUACGAGGAUAAGGUGAAGAGUCUGGAGACCAAUCUCACCGAGUUGGAGAAGAUCGUACAGACCAAGAGUGGCCAGCAGAGGCUCUUUGAAGAUGCUCUAAGACAGAAAUUGCUGGCGGAAGGCGCCGCGUCUUCUGCUACGGCUUCCGCGGGUGCUGGUUGAGCGGUUUCGAGACGCAUACUGGGAGAUCGCGUGGUUGUAUGCAAUGGAAGCAUAGUCGAAUUGAGAUACGACGGGAAGCUGUUGCAUACCCAUUGUGAAGAAACAUUGGAACCGACUUGUCUAAUCUAGGGCUAGCCGCAGGUCGCAAGGACAGGCCCGAUCAAAGCACGCCCAGGUUUCAUUCUAGAAAUCUACUCUGCAUCUGGCGCUUUCAGAUACACAUGAACUUGCCUGGACAGUGUGGAAACGGUAAUUAAGCUGGCAAUUUGCGGCAAUCUGAAACUGAAAAAAAAAGACUACAAAGAAAAAG